AUGUCCUCGGCCGUGGGGCCCCGCGGUCCUCGCCCACCCACAGUGCCUCCCCCCAUGCAAGAGAUGCCGGACCUGAGCCACCUGACCGAGGAGGAGAGAAACAUUAUCAUGGCAGUGAUGGACCGACAGAAGGAAGAGGAGGAAAAAGAAGAAGCCAUGCUCAAGUGUGUUGUCAGGGACAUGGCGAAGCCUGCUGCCUGCAAAACACCAAGAAAUGCUGAAAACCAGCCCCAACAACCUUCACCGAGAUUGCAUCAACAAUUUGAAAGCUAUAAGGAACAAGUGAGAAAAAUAGGGGAAGAAGCUCGGCGUUACCAGGGGGAGCACAAAGACGAUGCACCGACUUGUGGAAUCUGCCACAAAACUAAGUUUGCAGAUGGGUGUGGCCAUCUCUGCUCCUACUGUCGCACAAAGUUCUGUGCCCGCUGUGGAGGCCGUGUUUCUCUGCGAUCAAACAACGAGGACAAAGUGGUUAUGUGGGUAUGCAAUUUAUGUCGAAAGCAACAAGAAAUCUUAACCAAAUCUGGGGCGUGGUUCUUCGGAAGUGGCCCUCAGCAGCCAAGUCAAGACGGAACCCUAAGUGAUACAGCUACUGGUGCCGGUUCUGAGGUACCAAGAGAAAAGAAAGCACGACUCCAAGAGCGGUCGCGGUCUCAGACACCCCUGAGCACAGCAGCUGCCUUCUGCCAGGAUUCUGUUCCCUCCAGUGCACAGCCAGACAGGAGCAAAGGGACUGAGUCCUCACAGCAAGCUUUGGGGCCUGAACAGAAACAGGCUUCAUCCAGGUCUAGAAGUGAACCUCCAAGAGAGAGGAAGAAGACAUCUGGGCUUCCUGAGCAGAAUGGCAAAGGCGCCCUAAAGGGCGAGAGGAAACGUGUGCCAAAGUCUUCAGUGCAGACCAGGGAGGGCGGCGCGGAAGAAAGGGAGCGGAAAGAAAGGAGGGAAAACCGAAGGCUAGAGAAAGGGCGGUCUCAGGACUACCCCGAUGUGCCCGAAAAACGUGUGGAGGGCAAAGCGCCGGAUGAUGAAAAGCAAAGGAAAGAAGAGGAAUAUCAGACCAGAUACCGCAGCGACCCGAACCUGGCGCGAUACCCGGUGAAACCACCGCCAGAGGAGCAGCAGAUGCGCAUGCACGCCCGGGUGUCCCGCGCGAGGCACGAGCGGCGACACAGCGACGUGUCGCUCCCGCAUACCGAGGCAGGCACUGCGCUGCCAGAGAGCAAGCCCGGCAAACGCGCGCCGGCUGCCACCAGGGCCUCGCCGCCCGACUCGCCGCGGGCCUACUCGGUGGAGAGGACUGCGGAGCCCAGAGCGCCGGGCACCAAGCAGCUAACAAACCACAGCCCACCUGCCCCCAGGCAUGGGCUCAUCCCCGCAGAAGCCCCGGAGCCCAAAGCCCAGGAGCCCCUCAGGAAGCAGAGCCGCCUGGAUCCCAGCUCGGCAGUGCUCAUUCGAAAAGCCAAGCGAGAGAAAGUGGAGACCAUGCUGCGGAAUGACUCGCUAAGCUCAGACCAGUCGGAAUCAGUACGGCCGUCCCCGCCCAAGCCGCACCGGCCCAAGAGGGGCGGCAAGAAGCGGCAGAUGUCGGUGAGCAGCUCGGAGGAGGAGGGCGUGUCGACGCCAGAGUACACCAGCUGCGAGGACGUGGAGCUGGAGAGCGAGAGCGUUAGCGAGAAAGGUGAUUUGGAUUAUUAUUGGUUGGAUCCUGCCACGUGGCACAGCCGGGAAGCAUCACCUAUUAGUUCGCAUCCUGUAACGUGGCAGCCAUCUAAAGAGGGAGACCGUUUAAUUGGACGUGUUAUUCUUAACAAGAGAACAACCAUGCCCAAAGAAUCAGGUGCAUUAUUGGGUCUGAAAGUUGUUGGAGGAAAAAUGACUGACUUAGGACGCCUUGGUGCCUUCAUCACCAAAGUAAAGAAGGGUAGCCUAGCAGAUGUAGUUGGACACCUAAGAGCAGGGGAUGAAGUUCUAGAAUGGAAUGGUAAACCCCUGCCGGGAGCUACAAAUGAAGAAGUUUACAACAUUAUUUUAGAAUCAAAAUCAGAACCUCAAGUUGAAAUUAUUGUUUCAAGGCCUAUUGGUGACAUUCCGAGGAUUCCUGAGAGCUCCCACCCUCCACUAGAAUCCAGUUCAAGUUCCUUUGAAUCUCAGAAGAUGGAAAGACCUUCCAUUUCUGUUAUUUCUCCAACGAGUCCUGGAGCUCUAAAAGAUGCCCCACAAGUCUUACCAGGGCAACUUUCUGUGAAGCUGUGGUAUGAUAAAGUGGGACACCAGCUGAUUGUAAAUGUUCUGCAGGCAACAGAUCUGCCCCCUAGAGUAGAUGGGCGCCCCAGGAAUCCCUAUGUAAAAAUGUAUUUUCUUCCAGAUAGAAGUGAUAAAAGUAAAAGGAGAACCAAAACAGUAAAGAAAGUACUAGAACCAAAAUGGAAUCAAACUUUUGUGUAUUCACAUGUACAUCGUAGAGAUUUUAGAGAACGAAUGUUAGAAAUAACUGUGUGGGAUCAACCAAGAGUUCAAGAAGAAGAAAGUGAAUUUCUUGGAGAGAUCCUCAUAGAAUUGGAGACAGCACUUUUAGAUGAUGAACCACAUUGGUAUAAACUUCAGACACAUGAUGAAUCCUCACUACCUCUGCCUCAGCCAUCACCUUUCAUGCCAAGGCGACAUAUUCAUGGAGAAAGCUCUAGCAAAAAGUUACAAAGAUCUCAGCGAAUCAGUGAUAGUGACAUCUCAGAUUAUGAGGUUGAUGAUGGUAUUGGAGUAGUUCCUCCAGUAGGUUAUAGGUCUAGUGCUAGAGAAAGUAAAUCUACGACAUUAACUGUGCCAGAACAGCAAAGAACAACUCAUCAUCGCUCACGUUCAGUAUCUCCUCAUCGCGGCGAUGAUCAGGGAAGGCCGCGUUCACGUUUACCAAAUGUGCCAUUACAGAGGAGUUUAGAUGAAAUUCAUCCAACAAGAAGGUCACGUUCUCCAACCAGACACCAUGAUGCCUCCCAAAGUCCAGUUGAUCACAGAUCCAGAGAUGUGGAUAGUCAGUAUUUAUCAGAACAAGACAGUGAGCUUCUUAUGCUGCCCAGAGCAAAACGAGGACGAAGUGCAGAAUGCCUACAUACUACCAGACAUCUUGCUAGGCACUAUAAAACUUUAACUCCCAAGAUGGCUGUGUUAGAGAAUGGUUCUCACUGGGAUAUUUACAGCUCAAUUGUGCCUGCACGUACGUAAUCCACAUCAGUGACUAGACAGAAUGCCCUUCAUCACAAAUGCUUUAAGUCAAGACUGUUGAGAUCUACUGAUGCAAUUGGCACUAGUGAACUGCAGCCCUCCCUUGACAGGGCUAGGAGUGCUAGUACCAACUGCUUGAGACCAGAUACUAGUUUGCAUUCACCAGAACGAGAAAGGGGUAGAUGGUCCCCCUCCCUAGAUAGGAGACGACCUCCUAGCCCCAGGAUUCAAAUCCAGCAUGCGUCUCCGGAGAAUGACAGGCACUCCAGAAAGUCUGAAAGAUCUAGCACCCAAAAACAGAUGAGGAAAGGCACUACCUCUGAUGCAGAAAGGGUCCUCCCACCAUGUCUUUCUAGAAGGGGACACGCAGCCCCAAGAGCGACUGAUCAGCCAGUCUUUAGGGGAAAACAUCCCACUCGCUCAAGGUCGAGUGAGCACUCUAGUGUCAGAACACUGUGUUCUAUGCACCACCUUGCCCCUGGAGGGUCGGCGCCACCUUCUCCGCUUCUGACAAGAAUGCACCGGCAAGGAAGCCCAACUCAGUCUCCUCCAGCAGACACAUCUUUCAGCAAUCGCAGGGGAAGACAACUCCCACAAGUGCCAGUGAGAAGCGGCAGUAUAGAACAAGCAAGCUUAGUAGUGGAGGAGCGAACAAGACAAAUGAAAAUGAAAGUGCAUCGAUUUAAGCAGACAACAGGGUCUGGUUCUAGUCAAGAACUUGAUCGCGAGCAAUAUUCCAAGUAUAACAUAUAUAACGAUCAGUACAGAAGCUGUGAUAACGUCUCUGCCAAAUCAUCAGAUAGUGAUGUCAGUGAUGUGUCUGCCAUUUCCCGAACCAGCAGUGCCUCACGCCUCAGCAGCACAAGUUUUAUGUCAGAACAAUCUGAGCGCCCCCGGGGUAGAAUCAGUUCAUUUACCCCUAAAAUGCAAGGCAGACGGAUGGGAACUUUAGGCAGAGUCAUCACGAAGAGCACCAGUGUGAGUGGAGAGAUGUACACACUGGAGCAUAAUGAUGGCAGCCAGUCGGACACAGCUGUGGGUACAGUUGGAGCAGGUGGAAAGAAACGGAGAUCCAGCCUGAGUGCCAAAGUGGUUGCCAUAGUAUCUCGAAGGAGUAGAAGCACAUCCCAACUUAGCCAAACAGAGUCGGGCCACAAGAAGUUAAAAAGCACCAUACAGAGAAGCACAGAAACAGGAAUGGCGGCUGAAAUGAGGAAGAUGGUUAGGCAACCAAGCCGAGAAUCUACUGAUGGCAGCAUCAACAGUUACAGCUCUGAGGGAAACUUAAUAUUUCCUGGAGUGCGACUUGGAGCUGACAGUCAAUUCAGUGAUUUUCUUGAUGGACUUGGACCAGCACAGCUUGUCGGCAGACAAACCCUAGCCACCCCCGCUAUGGGUGAUAUACAAAUUGGAAUGGAGGAUAAAAAGGGCCAAUUAGAAGUUGAAGUUAUUAGAGCUCGAAGCCUUACGCAAAAACCUGGUUCCAAAUCUACACCUGCUCCAUACGUCAAAGUGUAUCUUUUGGAAAACGGAGCCUGUAUAGCCAAGAAGAAGACAAGAAUUGCACGAAAAACCCUAGACCCUUUGUAUCAACAGUCCCUGGUUUUUGAUGAAAGUCCACAGGGUAAAGUUCUUCAGGUCAUAUUCAAAUAUCAAGAGAAUGAUGUUCAGUCAGAUUGUUGUUGUUGUUAA